AUGGCACUACGUGUGAGAGCGCACAGAGCGAAGCCGAGGUGUCGGAGAGUGCAAGAAGAGUUCUCUGAGCUCAUGCGGUUGUUGGCUAACCACUCUCAGGAGGGAAGGGACAAGGUCAUCGCUGCUGGAGGCAUUGAAGCAAUGCUGGAUGGCAUGAAUGCCAAUCGGAAGAGCGAUGAGCUUGCCUACCGGAGUUGUGCAACCCUGGCCAUCCUGGCAAAGGGCAACCGAGCUGCAGUGGCGCGUAUUGCAAAGCACAAUGGCGCCAAGCACAUUGUUCGAGCCAUGCUUGUUUCGCGGGAUCGAGCAGACCUACAAGAAUGUGCGCUGGAAGCGCUUCGCGCCAUUUCAGCUGACGAUGAAGAUGUCCCUGGAGAGAUUUCUGCCAAUGGUGGUGUGCAAUUUGUUUGCCAGGCCUUGAUGGAUUUCAAGCAUAUUGAGGCAAUUCAAGAGCACGGUCUCGCUGCCCUGGCAAACUUGGCCUGGGACAGUGCGGACAACCAGCUGCAGAUUGGUGAGCUAGAAGGUUGCGAGCAUGCCAUUGAAGUCUUGAGCCUCCAUAAGGAGCCCAAAGUCCAGGCCUUUGGUUGUGCUCUCUUGCAAAGUGUGGCAUGCAACAAUCCAGAAAUGCGGACCAGGAUCGGAGAGAUUGGUGGAGUGGAAGCCAUCGUGCAGGCCAUGCAGGCAAACCCCAAGGCCGCCAAUGUGCUUGCCUUUGGGGCCUCGGCUUUGCAAAGUCUCGCCACCUCAAACCAAGAUAACGUGCGGCGCUGUCACAAGUUGAAGGUGGUUGAUCUUGUGGCAGAUGCAAUGGAGGCGCAUCCCUUCUCAGUAAAGCUCCGGGAGUUUGGCGAGAUGUUAACAAACACCAUCGAGGGCUGA